UUCAAGGUUCUGAUUGCACUAGUAGCAAAAGUUGAGGAGGAAAAGUCAAAAUAACAAAAAAUGAUCUCCUAACGUUGAUAAUUCUUCUGUAGAACUUGGAAAACGGACGGCGGAGGAAAUGGCGGUGAGAGAGAAAGCAACGGCGACGUUGAUGCGAGCUAUAACAAAGAGAACAACAAAUCAUAUGCCGUCUAAUCAACCAUUGCCUUCACUGAGACGAGCAUUCUCCUUAUACGAUCAAAUCAAUCUUAUUAAUAAUGUUCCUGAAGAUCAAUUGCUCUACUUUCCUAUUACUGACACUGGUUUCAGAGUUAAUGGGGUACAUUAUGAAGGUAGCUUGCUUUGUGUUGGGAACUUGCUAAUGUCUUGGCAGCCCAAAAACCUUUCCGAGGUUACUCCAGAAAGCUUAUCGAUCUUCCAGACAGUGCGGCCAGUUCCAGAGAUUCUUCUUCUUGGCUGUGGGAAGUACAUUCAACGGGUAAAUCCUGAGCUUCGUGGCUUUAUUCAUUCUACUGGAAUGAAAUUGGAAGCAAUUGACUCUAGAAAUGCUGCAUCAACUUACAAUAUUCUAAACGAAGAAGGUAGGAUUGUGGCUGCUGCCCUUCUCCCAUAUGGAAUAGAAUCAUAAGCCUUUCAUGUAUAUGCUUUUUCUUUAACAAUUCAAGAUUUGAUUACUCAUCCGAGCCAAUCACUUUGCUUUUACUGGAAAUCAAAAUGAAAGAAAAUACCCUGCCAAUCAUUUCAUCCCGAGUUUGACGUGACUAUGUUUGAAAUUAGAUAAAAUGAGAUAAGAACAUCACAUGUUAAUGGUGCUGGGUAUUUGCGGACCAAUUCAUAAUGCUGUGUCUUUAGGAGAUUUUGUAAUUCUAAUAAUAUAAACACAAGAAAGAGAACUAUUGUUUCCCCAUUGUAGAAGCUCGAGGUUCAUCUGUUGUGCAAGAAGUAUAUAUAUUUAUCAGAUUCAGGUAGGGUUGUUGAUUUUGUGAAUAUUGACU